AUGAAGGCCGAGGUUGAAGCUUCGGUGCGGCCAACCCAAAAGGGUGAGUAAUGCCGCUCUUUGCAUCUGCCUUCGACCCUCUCUUCUAUCUCUUGCUACCGACACACAGCAAUGGUACUCUACAGAGAGAUCCCCCUGACGCUUGACUCUCUUCUCCUUCGCUUCCGCACGUGACCGCUCCCCUUGGCGUCACCUGCGCACAGCUCUGGACCGGUUUUUCGACGAACCAACUUCUCGUCCAAGACUUGGGCACACUUGCAGACCCGACGCGGGUCCCUUUGCUCACGGUCAAGUAGUCAGUUCGAUCUGUCCCCGCCUGCUCGGGUAUAUAAUCUUCACGCUAACGAGCUUGAUCAAUACAGCUUCAUUCGGCUCGACUCGAUUAGUGGCAAAGAUGCCAAAGGCGCCGCUCUCCAGUCCUUCUCGUCUCGAUUUACGUGAGAUCUAUUCCUCUCCCUCUCCCUCCGUCAGCAUGAGCUUGCGGCUGACUCCGGACGCCUCCUGCGCUCGACUCCCAGCCUCAAAGCCAUAACGGGCAGCUUCACGGCCGCUCAACAACAAGACCUCAAGGGUGUUGCCGCGGCCGCCAAAGUGACCACCACGGCCACCAGCGCGACCGCGUCGACUUCACUCGUUCGCUCAACGUUCAACCACCACCGGAGGUGCCUCAUCGCUCGGAGCCUCGACCAGCGCCUCUCGCAACGCUUCGAGCAAUCCCAACAGGGGCGUACCUUUGAUCGCACAAAUCGUCGCCAACGCUACAGGAACGACCGUCAACACGAACACGAACACGACCAAAUUUUCCAACACGACGACCGCUUCCGCGAGCGCCAAAGCCAAGUCCGGCAGCGAGUUGCGCUUCGUCCUUUCCGGUGGUAUUUCGGGUCUGGUGAUGGGUGGUGGGGUCGCCAUUUUAGGACUCUCCAAGCUGUUCUGA